AUGUCUUCCAGAUUCUGGACCUCGGAGCCCUUGACAAGCGAAGAACGCGCUCGUCGCGCCAAUCUCUCCAACGCAGAACGCCAAUCGGAAGCCCGCGCCGCCCGCGAAGCCUACGAUCAAGCUCAAUCGGAAGCCCGCAGCGAGACAUGGUAUCAAGAAUCUCCUCCCAGGAGAUCCCGAACCCAUCGAUCCAACGCGCAAGCUCCCCCGACCUCCUCCGGAAACUCGCAGUUCUUCCAAGGUAGCCCUCAACCCAAGAGCGCCAAGCAACAGAAACAAGAGCAAAAAGCCCAGAGAGCCGCCGACAAGAAGCAUCGUCAAGAAGCUCGUCGCGCAGCCGAAGAGGAAGCUCGCAAGGAGAAGAAACAUUUCGAAAGCAUGACCCAGUGGGAAUAUGCCAAGAAAUGGAGUACCUCCGAUCGGGCCGCCUACGGCAACGCAUUCGAUGACUUCUCUGCUUCGGCAACGGCAUUCAUCAAGGACCACACGCAAGAAUUUCCUCGUCUCAAGAAACAUGGUUGUGCGCGAAACAACUGUAUUCGAGGAGAGAUUCUUGGGGUUUGUCAUCACGAGGUCGAGAUGACACUUCGAGGAAGUGGAGUUUUCGAUGAGAAGAUGAUGAAGAGGGAGAGGUUGAGAUGGCAUCCGGAUAGAUGGACUGGAAAGGGAGAUUUGCAGAUCAAGGCAAACGAACUUUUCCAGCUCAUCCAAAGAAUCAUCGAUGGUGAUGUUAAAGCAUGA